UAUCACUUCAAGAAUAGUUUAAUUCCAGUUUUUUGAUUGAGUUGAUGGGGAGGGGUUACUGCAUGUGUCGCCAUUAACGCUGAAAUCCGAGCUAUCUUCUCCGCGAUUUCCUUCACGGACAACGGAGCUGAUUCUUGAUCGAUCCAUCUUUCUCUCUCUCUCUCUCUCUCUCUGGACUUGGAGAGUGAGGUUGCUUUUGCCCAGAAGCCGACAGAUUGCGUCGCUACAGGACACCCUUUCUGGAGCCCCAUAGCCAUAUAUGGAGAGAUGGGGGGAGGUGGUGGUGGCCUGGUCGUUGACGACGAAGGCCAGGCCCUAGAGAGAGAGAAAGAGAAGAGGGGUUUUUCGAUUCAACUUUUCGCGCUCUUCUCUCGCUUUCAGUCUCGUCUCCUUCCUUUCUUUCUUAUCUCGAAGUCCCUUCUUUUCGUAACGUCUCGGUGCCCAUUUGGCGUUUCGUUGCUGGUGCGAUCCUGAUCGAACGUGAGUACUGUUCCCCGGGAGCUGAUAAUACCCCAAAAAAGCAAACGAAGGAAAAGAGGAACGAUGAAAGCGAACGUCAAUUUUUUUUUUUUUUUUGGGGUGGGGGUUUGAGUGUUUGAGCUGAUUUUGCUUGGGGCGGUGGAGUGAGGGGGAUUUCCACGUGAUUUCAGUAAUGGGGAUUCGGGUUUGAAUAGAGUCGUCUGGUGGGUGCUCUUAAUCUCUCUCGUCCAGUCCGUGGGUUGGAUCGUCCCCUUUGGCGUCGCAUGGAGAUUUGAUAUGAUAGCGGCUUCCCCUGUGCACGGCGUUUAGCAGGCGGAGGGGCUUGUGCUUGGACUCUAUUGGAGGAGGAAGCUCCGGAUCCCAAUCGCAUCUCCCGCCUCGCUGUUUCGCUUUCACGUGUUUCUUUUGCUCUGUGUUGGGGUGGUGUUGUCUGCUGAGGAGUGAUUUGAAGGCUGAAAGCAGCAACGCAGCCAAAGGGAAAGUUUACACCAGAUGAGUGCUUAUUGAGCUCGAGGAUUUCGUCCCUUUCUCUGGCAAGACCAGGACCGAAAAAGGUAUCCGUAAUCCUAUGCUUCCCAGUUCAUCCGUUUCCACAUUGGGAAUAUUCAUGCUUGAUUUUCACCACCAGGAGGAGCAAGGGAGUUCCUCUUCCACUUCAAUUUUUUUUCAUUGCCGGCUUUUCCGUGAUUCUUGAAGGUUACUUGUCAACGGGUGAAAAGGGUCUUGUCAUUGUAAGAAUCUGCUGUUUUUGAUUGGAAUAGUUUGUUUGUCGGUGGUACAUGUCACUGAAUCUCGCCAUGGUGGGGGCAGAGCAAUAACGAUAAGGGUUCGAUUGGUUACUCCAAGCUUGAUUUGCCAAACAAGAAGGUUGGAUCAGACGCGUCCAACGUGGAAGUUUCCCCCUUGUCCUCUAAUACGUGCAUUUCGAGCUUAUUGAGGUGCAAUUUGGUUUGGGAAGUGAGCGACCCUGCGGCAGAAGAGAACUGAGAUUUUAUUUCGCAAUGAGUAGAGAACAGAAGAGAGGGAAGCUGGAAAAGGGCAACGGGGAUGUUGCUGAAAAGGUCGUGGUUGCUGUUAAGGCAUCGAAGGAGAUUCCGAAGACAGCACUCGAGUGGGCUUUGACUCAUGUUGUUCAACCUGGGGAUUGCAUUACCCUGCUGGUUGUGGUUUCUUCCCAAAGUUCAGGACGAAAGUUAUGGGGUUUCCCAAGGUUUGCAGGGGACUGUGCCAGUGGGCAGCGGAAGUCCCAUUUAGGGUCAAGUGCAGAGCAGAAGAUUGAUCUAACGGAUUCCUGCUCCCAAAUGAUCCUGCAGCUCCAUGAUGUGUACGAUCCGAAUAAGAUAAACGUCAAGAUAAAAGUUAUCUCUGGAUCACCGUGUGGAGCAGUGGCUGCGGAGGCAAAGAAAGCUCAUGCAAGUUGGGUUGUAUUGGACAAACAGCUAAAACCUGAGGAAAAGCGAUGCAUGGAAGAGCUACAAUGCAACAUUGUUGUAAUGAAACGGUCUCAGGCGAAAGUUCUUCGCUUGAACUUGACAGGAUUGCCCAAAAAGGAAACUGAAGCUCAUCCGCCACCAUCUGAGCUGGAUGAAGCGUCUGAUAAACGUUGCAAAAUUCAGCAUGAAGACCCGAAUUCUGUCCGUGGACCAGUCGUCACUCCAGCUAGUAGUCCAGAGUUGGGGACGCCAUUCACUUCUACUGAAGCUGGAACUUCAUCAGUGUCGAGCUCUGACCCAGGAACUUCACCCUUUUUCAUUUCAGAGGUGAAUGCAGGCAUAAAAAAGAAUGUGCCUCAUGCGGUGAAGGAAACCAGGGAUGUCGAUGAAUGUAGUAGCUCAGACUCUGACAGUGAAAAUUUAUCUCUAGCUUCAACGAGCUUGAGGUUUCAACCAUGGAUGGCGGAAUUGCUUGGUUCUAAUUGUCACGAUUCUGUUCAUUUUGGACAAAACUUUCAGAGAUCUAAUGACACAAUGCAAGCAUUAAUGACCAAGGAUAUGCCAAGUAAGUUUGCUAGAAGCAAUGAAGAUGAUCUGAUUCAAUUGCCGGAUUAUGGGGAUGAUAUGGACAUAGGCGGAAAUUUGAGAGAAGCAAUCUCACUUUCCAGAAAUAUGCCCAGUGGCCCUCCUCCACUAUGCUCAAUAUGUCAAAACAAGUCUCCUGUUUUCGGGAAACCGCCAAGAUGGUUCAGCUAUGCUGAUCUAGAGCUUGCAACUGGUGGUUUUUCACAGGCCAAUUUCUUGGCUGAAGGUGGUUAUGGAUCUGUUCAUAGAGGGGUACUUCCAGACGGUCAGAUAGUUGCUGUCAAGCAACACAAAUUGGCUAGUUCUCAGGGUGAUCACGAGUUCUGCUCAGAGGUUGAAGUCCUCAGCUGUGCUCAGCACCGAAACGUUGUAAUGCUGAUUGGGUUCUGUAUAGAGGACCAAAGAAGAUUACUGGUGUACGAGUAUAUUUGCAACAGUUCCCUGGAUUCACAUCUCUACGGACGUCAUCAAGAGCCAUUAGAGUGGUCAGCACGGCAAAAGAUUGCUGUUGGGGCCGCUCGAGGUCUGCGAUAUCUUCAUGAAGAGUGCAGAGUGGGUUGUAUUGUCCAUCGUGAUAUGCGUCCAAAUAACAUCCUCAUAACUCAUGAUUUUGAACCAUUGGUAGGGGAUUUUGGCCUCGCUCGGUGGCAGCCUGAUGGACGCACUGGUGUUGAAACAAGAGUAAUUGGAACUUUUGGAUAUCUAGCUCCUGAAUAUGCUCAAAGUGGACAAAUCACAGAGAAAGCUGAUGUAUAUUCAUUCGGGGUGGUGUUGGUGGAGCUUGUUACUGGGAGAAAAGCUGUGGACGUUGAUCGGCCCAAGGGUCAGCAGUUUUUAACUGAGUGGGCUCGACCACUGUUGGAAGAAUAUGCAAUUGAUCAGCUGAUAGAUCCACGAUUGGGAAAUCACUAUUCCGAGCAAGAGGUUUGCUGCAUGCUCCAUGCUGCAUCGCUAUGUAUACGGCGUGAUCCUCAUUCUAGGCCUCGCAUGUCACAGGUGCUGCGCAUUCUUGAAGGUGACAUGCUUGUCAACGCCAAUUACAUGUCGACUCCGGGGUCUGAUGCGGGAAGCCGGAGCGGACGAAUUUGGGCAGAGCAGCAGCACGGCAGCCGUUCCUUACUGAACGAGGCAACCGAAGCAUUUAGCGGGCAGCUGUGCCGCAAAACACACAGGCUUUCUAUUAAGGAGCUGGAGAUGGCCGGGACGAUAUCUUGUGAAGAUGAGAUAUGAGGAAAGGCUGAUCCAGGUUUUUAUAUGGUGGAGUAAUUUGCCAUUUUGCAUGAUUUUUUUUUUUCCUGUCUGCUCUUAAGAAUUUCUCUGUAGAAGCCGUCUAAAAUUUUUGGUUGUGUAUAGUCUCUUAAGGAGAGCAGGGAAUAGCCUGCUGGUGUAAUUCUUUGAAUAGCGUAUGCUAGUAUGUGAAUGUUUGAAGUAUAUCAAAUUCUCUAGUUAAAUGGUUAAAUCAA